AUUCCGGGCCCGGCGCACAAUCAGAUCGCAGUUAUUUAUUAGCGCGGCGGGUUGGACAUGCGGCUCAGUCUGAACCGCGGCACCGUCAGCAGCACGAAGGCCCGGAGCCUCACCCAUACAUACAUACUCUGUGGAUUAUUUCGGAUGAUACGGAAAUUUAAUAUUUACGGACCUUGACCUCCCGGAUUUGUCAAUGAACGUUUGAAUUGGUUCCUACUGAUCCUUGGAACAAUAUCUGUAAUUCGUCAACUUCAAUCACGAGUGAGAUGAGAACAGCCGAGGACUCGACCAGCACGGUCCUGCACCGCCUGAUCCAGGAGCAGCUGCGCUACGGGAAUCCCACGGACAACCGCACGCUGCUCGCCAUCCAGCAGCAGGCACUGCGCGGGGCGGGAGUGCCCCGCUCCUCGCUGGAGAGGCCUCUCCCUGGAGAGAGCCCACAGUUCCUCCAGCUGUCCGUGCGACAGGAGCCACAGGGGCAGGAGCACCAGGGCGACUGCCAUCACUCGGAGAGUGGCUGCCAGCUGUACCAGCUCCACAGCGAGGAGCUACCCACCUACGAGGAGGCCAAGGCCCACUCGCAGUACCUGGCUUCCCAGCAGGGCCAGUUAGGCCUCCAGCAAGGUGUCAUGCCGCUGUCAGGCAGGAACCUGCAGGACGACGGUCUGCAGGAGCUGAAGAGGGGCCACGUUCGCUCCCUCAGCGAGCGUCUCCUCCAGCUCUCCCUGGAGCGGAACGGCAGCCGGGCUAACAUGGCCAUGAGCUCCUCUCAUAGCUAUCCCCAGCUGCCCGGACACCACCUCCCCCACCCCAGCCACGCUCCUCACCAGCCUGGCCCACCCCCCGAGUACCCACACAGUCUCUGGGAUAUGCACUCGCCUUUCCCCGGGAGCGAGGGACACUACUGCCCGGACUCACACCCGCUGAGCUCCCAGCACUACAGGUACAUGCAGGUGCAGCAGGCCGGCCCCAGUGUGGGCAUGGCAGUCAUGGAGGCCCCCACCAUCGUCCGCGGGUCUCCAAAUGGCGACCACAUCGCCCAGAUGGAGGCGCUGGCCGAGAACGAGCGGCUGAGGGGGGAACUGGAAGGCUACAACGAGAAGGCCUCCAGGAUUCAGAAGCUGGAGCUGGAGAUCCAGAGGAUAUCUGAGGCAUAUGAAGCGCUCAUGAUGGGCUGCUCAAAGCGGGAGUCGCUCGAGAAGACCAUGCGGAACAAGCUGGAGGCCGAGGUCGAGAGGCUGCAUGACUUCAACCGAGACCUGCGAGACCGUCUGGAAACGGCGAGCAGACAAGCGUCGAAGGAAGUUGAAUCUGCCGAUCAAAAUCAGCACGCCAUGGCCAAACUCUUAGAGCAAAAUGAGGAGCAGCGCAGGGGAGGCGCGAGAGGCUGGAGCGGGGAGGUGCAUCGCUUGCGGGGCUCCGAAGAGGAGCAGCGACGGCUGGCCGAGGCCUGGAGCAGGCGCUGGGCUCGGCACAGGCCCCGUGGACGGCGACUGGAGGAGGAGCUGCGGCGCAAGUGUGCCUAUGUGGAGAAGGUAGAGCGGCUGCAGCAUGCGCUGGCGCAGCUGCAGGCCGCCUGCGAGAAGCGCGAGACGCUGGAGCAAACCUGCGCACAGCGACUGGAGCAGGAGUUGAAGGCGCUCCCGCGGGCAGCAGGUGAGUGGCCGUCUGGCAGAGAGGGCUUUCCCAUGCCAUUGCAGCGGCAGUCCCAGGGACAAGCUGGCAGUACGGCGUCAGAGCUCAGCACCUCCUACCUGGAGGAGCGGCUGCGUGAGAAGGAGGAGCGGAUCCUGGCGCUGGAGGCCGACAUGACCAAGUGGGAGCAGAAGUACCUAGAUGAGAGCACUAUGCGACAGUUCGCCAUGGACGCCGCAGCCACUGCGGCUGCGCAGAGGGAUACGACCAUCAUCAACCACUCUCCCCGCCACUCGCCUAAUAGCAGCUUCAACGAGGACCUGCCAGCGGCCAAUCACCGCAUCAGGGAAAUGGAGAAACCGGUACGCCGAGCAAUUGGCCGCUCCCCGCCUGUGGGUCAGCCUUCCGAGCGCCGGGCAUUGUGGGAAGGCCUCCUGUUAACCCCGCUUUCUCCCUCCCGUCGCAGAAUCCGCGCUCUAUACGCGCACAUCCUGGAGAAGGACGCCGUCAUCAACGUGCUCCAGCAGCGAUCGCGCCGUGACCCGGGCAUGCGGCCCGCGCGCUCGGUGCCCUCCAUCGCCGGUCUUGUCCCGUCCGCCGCCAGCGACGGCCCAGGGAAAGGGAAGAGCCUCUCGGAUGACCAGACAGCUGCCACGUCUUCCUGUCUGGCCGCCCUGCCCCGCCCCGCCAGCCGCGACUGCGCCACUCAGGCUGACGAUCUCCCACCCGAGUCUCCGGUUACAGACGAGCCACCCACCCCCACAGAGUCCGGUGCUGCCCUCAGAGCCGAAACCUCGGAACCUGAGCCGGCACCUGGCACGGCGUUCCUGAAUCCCAGCAUCUUGGGGCGGGGAGCAGUGGAGAUUUUUAUAUGAAAAAUUCUGACCAUGACACUCCUGGAAAGACGCCCCCCCCCCACCCAAACUCCUCCACCCAAUCUGACUCUAUGCAACGGAAAGACGAUUCUGCCUGGACAGAUGGCUUUCGAGACGGAAUGGAUGGGGCAUGACAUGCUCUCACCUCGCUGAGAGAGGAACGUGCAUCGGUGCAGCACGACCCGGAAUGGCGGACUACAGACUGGCACGCAGACUGGCACGCAGACUGGCACGCAGGAGCGAGAAGAGAGCUGGCCUCUCUUUGAGCAUCACCCUGCCGUGACAGAAGGACUGAUGCUGCCGGUGCCGUUUUUAAUAAAGACCUGCCGUGUGCAAGAGA